CGUAUUUAAGGUAGAAGUGAACAGAUUUGGGGGGAUUGAAGGGGUAUGGGGUUGGUGUGGGAGGACGUAGCCAAAGGCACAUAAUCAAUCAGGACCUGAUGGGAUAGCCCAAUAGGGCCGAAUGGCCUACUACUGCUCCUCAACCACGAUGAUGGCAGGGGGCUGGGGUUGGCGAGAUCGCUGGUGCCAGGAGGUACAGGCAACUCUGCACCUUUGUCAAUAAUUAACUGAAGGGAAGGUGGGUUAAGGGACACAAUGUCGAUAAAGCCAGGCUGUAUCAGAUGUAGUCACAGGCUGACUUUCUCACGUACUCCUGUUAAAUUAUUGAUGGCAAGAUACUAAAAUACAAGCAACCCAGUGCGGCUGGAGCGAUGUGCCUGAAUGGAACUUUGAUCCUGUGUGACUGGGAAAGCCUUUCAUUCUUCAUUUGAAAGCUGGUUUAAAAAUUGCACCUUCUCGUGUUGCACUCUGUUCAACUCCCCAGUGAGCAAGGGACUGAUUCAGCAAUAAUGUGGAGCUGCUCCUAGUGAGGGAUACUCAGGCACCCGACCACACAGACCAAUGUCGCCGCGUCUAAACGUAUUAAGAGGCUGACACGGUAAGAACCAGGAGGAUGAAACAAGUAUCUAUGGAGGUGAGCGACCUCUCGACUGACCCGAGAUAAUUCUGCACAGACCACGCACUCCUCGGUGUUUGACUGAAGUCGCUUGAUUUCAAGUCCACCUCAAUCAGAAUCUCUCAGACUGAACACAUUCCAGGGCCAGCACCACCAAAUUCUGGAACAGAAAGAAAGCUGCUAGCCUUUGGGCAGUUUUCAGGCUGUGUUGACAGGAUGAGGACAGCUCAGCACAUAAUCUGCUGCAGGAACAGGCAGCAAUCUCUGUUCACAUCAGUCACGCUGUUGUCCCUCUGUUACCUGGUGCUGCUGUACCCUUCCUACCACAAGCAGCAGGAUAUCUGGAGAUAUUACAGAAUGUCUGAGGAGCACGUUGUGCGCCUGCACAAUCGAAGCCAGCGGAUAGUCUCUGGCGCUUGCAAAGCAAACUCCAGCCGGUCCAAACUCUCUGUGCUGUAUUCGGGGAAGCAGCUGGCCAGGAUUCCUGUAUUUGUGCAGAAAGAGAUGAUCCCACGUCCGGGCACCACAUCUUACAGUCCGCCUCUGGGCUUCAGAGGUUGUGAGGAGCAGCUGCAAGAAGUCAUGGAGAUACUGCCACAAGCAGGGCUUCCAAUGGGGGUGGCGCCGGGCAACUGCUUGAGGUGUGUUGUCAUAGGGAACGGUGGCAUUCUGCGAGGCAGCAGGCUUGGGGCCUACAUUGACCAACACAACAUAAUUAUCAGGAUGAAUAAUGGGCCUGUGAUAGGUCACGAGGACGAUGUGGGAUGGAAGACCACAUUGAGGAUCGCAUAUCCAGAAAGUGCUCCCCUGUCUCCCUGGGAAUAUGAUUCAAACUCACUUCUUGUGAUGGUGACGUACAAAAGCACAGAUCUUGCUUGGCUAAAGGCAAUGGUCAGGAAAGAGUCGAUGAAUCUUUGGCAGAAGAUGUGGUUUUGGCAAUCGGUGGUUGAGUCAAUCCCUUUAGAACCAACAAACUAUCGAGUAUUAAAUUUGGAUAUCGUCAGAGAAGCAACACUGAAUCUCUUGGGCUUCCCAGAGCCUCACGACAAUCAUUGGAGAUGGAAGCAGGUGCUUCCAACACAGGGAGUGAUUUCCAUCGUCACAGCCCUGUACUUGUGUGAUGAGGUUAACGUUGCUGGUUUUGGCUAUGACAUGUCUCGGCCAGACCUGCCUUUACAUUAUUAUGAAACAGUCCGGAUGAAUGCGAUGAACGUUCAGGCUGUGCACAAUGUGAAUCGAGAAAAACACUUCCUGGUUUCUUUAGUGAAAGCCAAUGUUGUUAAUGACCUUACUGGUGGGAUCAGCUGGUAGAAGAGUACUGGAGAUCCACAGCCUACAGCUGAAGUCUCAAUCCUUUAAACACUUAAAGCAAAGGAAUAUUUCAGCAACAUUCUUCAUGUUGCGCCAAACAUCUUCAAGCACAGACAAAUUCUAGACAAACUACACAGUGUUCUUCCUGCAGCAUUUUCCAAACGAAAGCAAUGCACACGACAUUUAAGCAGAAAUUUGUCGCACAACUGUUAUGGAGGGGUGAGUUAACCAAGAGUUGGUAUAUUCGCAGGCAGUUGUCCCAGAUAAGAAGGCCAAAUUGAAGCAAGUUAAUGGUUAUCAAAGAAUGAAACUGAAAUCUUGAUAUAGAAUAUGAUAUAUGGUUUUAAAUAUCUGAAGGUAAAGUGUUUAGGAUACUUUGAAUAAAAAGUAUGCACACUGUUGAACGGUGCAAAGAACCCAACCUUGAGUAACUCAGAUAAAAGUGGAGUUAAGUGCAGUUUCAGUUUUCCACUGAAUAUUGUGAUGGCAGCAAUGUACUUUUGUCACCAAGUGUUUGUUUAAGGGACUAAAUGCAUUCUGGGCAGGAGGCCGAAUCAGGCAUCCUGGAUUCUUCCAAAUGGGCAGCCUUUCUGUAACUAGGAAUAAAUAAUUGAUCAUUUAUUUUGUUUAUGAUAUUGAGUCAAAUGAUUCAUAUUGGUGCUAUCAUUUCUAUAUUUCUACUAAUAAAAGAUUAAAGUCUGUGAGUCUUUGACCCUGGAUGCUCAAACCUAUUAUAAGAAAGGAACAGGGGCCAAGUCUUUUAUUUGUCAGAGCUCUCACUGUCAAUAAUGCAAGGUGUGGUAUAGUAUUGCACAUCCAUUUCAAUAGGAAGGUACUAAAUAAUUAAUAUAGCCGGUACUCAGAAAGGUGAGAUCCAGAGCAUAGUGGAGGAAGACUGAGCAAUAAACAGUCCUAGGCAAAAUCAUGUUGUCAGGUGUUAGUUCAGGGAGAGCCCAUUUCAGCAGUAGUCCAGAUUGAUGAACAUGUAACAUUUCUAGAAGCAGAGAAUCCUUGCUGCACAGCUUACUCUGCCAACAUGCCUGUGCCAGCUCUUCAAAAACAAAUCAAUUAGUGUCACUCCCCAUAAUCCUGCAAGUCACUUCUCUUUGAGUACGUGCCAAACUGCUCUUUGAAAGUUCAGAUGGAAUCCAAUUCCACCCAUUUUCAGGUUGUGCGUUCCAGAAUGUAACAAUCUACAAAGACAAUUCCUCUCAAAAUCCUUUGCUAAUUAUUUGUGAACUUUAGUUAUGAAAUUGGGAUGCUUAUACUGUAUGGUACCACUAUCACAUUGAGAAGUCAGAAUUUCAAGGCAAAUUAGAAUGAAGAAGUGAGGGGAAAUAAUAGACGUGCAGUACUGCAUCCCUGCAAACAUUUGAAUUACCUAUAGAUACAACAGUGACAUUGAACGUGGCCUGAUAUUUGUGCAGGAAAAUAAGGAGUACUGGUGAUAUUAUUGAAUAUAAAGGAGAGGGCACGUUUGAAGAGUGGUAAAUUAAGAGUCAGCAUCUUCCUAAGUCUGCAGCUAGCAUUUUUUUUUACUGCGCUAAGGCAUAAAAAGAAAAUGAGUUUCUCCCAACAUCAGACAGCGUAAACAAGCUCAACUGGAGCGUAGCUGAUUAGUUAACUAAAUUAACUAUUUCAAUCUAGCAUGAAGAUACACUUUUUCUUUUGUACUGUGGACUAAAAGUGGGACUAGAUAUUGAUUUAAACCAAGGAAACUGUGAGAGAUGUUGCAGUUUUAAAACAAGUUACUAGAACACAUUGUGAGUCAUAUCUACAAUGUUGUCUGAUCCAAGCAGUGAGGGAGCAUUCCUAAUAGAACAGCUCCACAUGUAUGUAUUCAUGACAUUUUUGCUCAGACAGCAUUUUAAUUGACUUUGCAAUCAGGACCUGUUGUUCUGGGCUCAACUACUUGAUUGUUUCCUCGGCAGGUCAUUACAGCCCAAUGUGUGAGCAAUACAGCAGGACCAUCCAGACUGUGGAAAACAAAGCAUCCAUAUCACUUUGUUGCCUGUGUGGAGCAGUAAAUCAUCAGUAGUUAGCUACUAUCCAUCAUUUUUCUCCAUAGGUUGUUCACUCUGCAAAGCCCCACUGAAAAGAUAAAAAGAUAAUCUUCCGAGGCACGAAAAGCGUGAAUCCUCAAUUACCGAAUGAAAGACUGAAAAUCCCUGGAUCCAUAACCUCAUGUCAUUAGCAAAGACUUGAAAAAACACUCAUUGACAUCUGUGCUCCAGGCUGGUGCCAGAUCAGUCCGUCUCUGACACUUUCUUUCCUUCUCACCUGCAAUAUUUGUGUCUUGUCUUGUUUCUUCGUGGGUCUGAUUGCAAGUGUGUGGGAAUUUUAAGGAAAGGAUUAGAGUUUUAAGUUGUAGAUUUAUAGGUUAGCAAUUCAACUUGAAUUUUUUUGCAAUUGGUUAAAGGUUUUAUUAUAAUUAACAACAAAAUAAUUUUAUGUAAAAUAAUCCUGAGUGUUCACAUUCUUUUAAGCUGAAUUAGACAAGUAAAAUUUUGUGGUUUAAUCAAAUUUUUCAUGUUUGUGACAACACUGGGAAUAAAAAUAUGUAGGCUCUUGUAA